AUGGCAGCAGCGGAAGCGCAGAAGCUCCUGGAGGCGAGCACGAAGAUCAUCGGAUAUGAUCCCGGCAACGUUCCCAAGGUGCCCACCCUGUUCCUGAAGCCUACGUCGUCGUUCUUCCACGCUGGAACGGCCAACGCUGCCAUCGAGGUGCCCGAGCCGCUGGAGUCUCUGCGCCAUGAGGCUGAGUUUGCCAUCGUCAUCUCCAGACGAGCGCGCGACGUCCCAGAAGCAUCUGCCAUGGACUACGUUGCAGGUUAUGCACUUGCUUUGGACAUGACAGCAAAAGAAAUUCAAGUUGCUGCUAAGUCUGCUGGUCUUCCAUGGGCUUUGGCUAAAGGACAGGACACAUUUACUCCAAUUAGCGCAGUAGUUCCAAAAUCUGCUGUCACUGAUCCCCAUGAUCUGGAGUUCUGGUUAAAGGUGGACGAUGAACUUAGGCAGAAGGGCUCGACAAGUGAUAUGAUAUUCAAGAUUCCUUAUAUCGUGAGCUAUAUCAGUUCCAUCAUGACGUUAAUGGAGGGCGACGUGAUACUGACCGGUACUCCGGCGGGUGUAGGUCCUGUCCGAGUAGGCCAAAAGAUCAAAGCUGGCAUUACUGGCUUCGUUGAUAUGGAGUUUGAUGCUCAGAGGCGCAAGCGGCCGUCUUCUACCUAA